AUGAGCCACCUGCGCGCGGCGGCGCCGCCCGGCGACUGGAGCCAAGGCGGCCGAGAGGUGGGCAGCCAGCCGCUGGAAGAGAGUCUCCUGUUGGGGCCGGAGUCGGCGGGCCGGGCCGGCGCCUUCCCCUCCGCCUGGCUGGGCAUCUGCUGCCCGGGCCGCGUCUCCGCCUCGCCCCGCUACCUGCUCUCGGGGGCGGCCGAGGGAGACGAGGAAGAGGACGGCGAGGAGGAGGAGGAGGAGGAAGAGGAGGAGGAAGGCGAGCCCUCGCAAGCCGGCGCGCCGGGGCAGCCGUGCGCUCUCCAGCCGCCGCCGCGUGGCCACUCGCCGUGCCGGGCGCAGGCGCAGCAGCGGUCCCGCGCCUCCUGCGCCGGGGGGCUGCUGCGUGCGGCCCCCCAGGCCGGCGGCGUGCAGAAGCAAAGGCGCCUGGCGGCCAACGCGCGCGAGCGGCGGCGGAUGCACGGCCUCAACCACGCCUUCGACCAGCUGCGCAACGUGAUCCCCUCCUUCAGCAACGACAAGAAGCUCUCCAAGUACGAGACGCUGCAGAUGGCGCAGAUCUACAUCAGCGCCCUGGCCGAGCUGCUCCACGGGCCCCCGCCGCCCCCCGACGCCGCCCCCCGCCCCAAGGCCGCCCUCCUGCCCGCAGCGACCCCCUACGAGCGGCCGCCGGCAGGGGGCGCGCCGCCGCCCCAGCCGCCGCCCCCCAGGACUCCGGCCAGGACGCGCUUCGCCCCGGAGCCGCCGGCCGCGGCCGGAGGGGGCUACGCCGGCCCGCUGGACCCGAUCCAUUUCCCCGCCUUCGCCGAAGGCGCCCUGCUGGGACAGAAGGCCCCCUCGCCCGCCCAGCUCCUGCAGCCCCCCGGCCAGCAGCAGCACGAGCGGAGGAAGCCCUCGCCGCCGGCCCACCGCAGCGACGGCGAGUUCUCGCCCCGGUCCCACUACAGUGACUCGGACGAAGCCAGUUAG